GAUGUGGUUUUGAUUGUCAAUCGAAGCGCUACUUGCAACUGCCCGAUGUUUUCUAAGAUCCCGCAAAGACUGACUGCACCACUGGGGCUCCUUUCUGACUCGGAGAAACUGGCUUUUCGUAGCCAACCAGGCGGACUACAAAAAUUAGCCGCAGUCAGAAACAUCCCGGAGACGGAUGGCUAUUGGAAUCAAUACGUUGUUUUAUUCGACUCAGCCUCAGAGGUGUUCUCUUUGAUAACACCGAACGACAUUCGACGUGCUCUUUUAGAAGCACCAGAAAAUGUUGCUACACUUAUUCGUGUAAUAAGUUUGCGCCUAUUCAAUCUCGUCUCCGACCAUACCUUCCCGGGGCCCUCUUCGACGUCCGUAUCCGCUCUUGCGACAUCCUUCAUCAAGGCUGGCACUGGCACUGGCGAGAGAAACGCCACGAAAGAGGUUUUGAAUUGUCUUCGAGUCUUACAGAGGGUGCUGCCCGUGGUAUUCGAGACGGAGGGAGCAGAAUCAGGCUCGUUCGAGGUAGACGUAUUUUGGAAAAAGGUGGAAGUGGACAACAUGGAAGAACAACCGGUGCCCCAAACGGAGUCACCCCAGUUCGUGAUUGAAGACGAUGAAGAUAGCGAAGAUGAGGCAAAGUCGUCUGCACCUCAAUCAGCCCCAACACCACAUCCGAAGAAACAACUUCCAUCCCUUGGAGAGCGGCUCUUUAGUUCCAUAAUCGACUUGUUGUUUUGCUGUGGGUUUACUCUCCCGAUGCAGAUUCAAAAAGAUCAUUACAAAAUCAAUUAUGUUAUAUGGGAAAAAGGUAUUGGCUCCAUGGUCGAUCCUGGACCCGGUCACCAAUAUGACAGCAACAAAACCGAAGUGCUUCGCUUGCUUUUGGUACUGCUCUCCCGACAAAUUUAUGUUUCCGCCUCUUCACUUUUCUCGAAACCGUCGAUGUACACCCUCCAUCUAGUGCAAAAACUACCUCGACGCGAUGUCCUCACCUUACUUUGUUCACUUUUGAACACUGCUAUGAACUCUCCACAGGCUCAACCAAUCACCAUCAACUCCAUGGCAGGGAAACUUCCUUACAAUCACCUCGUCUUCAAAGGCGAAGAUCCGCGCGUCAAUCUCGUUGCCAUUUGCUUUGAAGUUCUGGGAGUCCUGCUUGACUUUCAGAGCGGAAGCGCUAGGGAUGUCGUAGUUGGAACUAAUGAACAACAAACAUCGGCUCCUACGGCGCGUACCAACGAAUUCAGAUAUUUCCUCAUGAAGUUGCACAGGACGCAAGAUUUCCAGUUUGUGCUUGGCGGUAUUCUGGGGAUCAUGGAGCAAGAAGUGAUGAGCAUGAACAAUAUACUCCCUGGGGCUCGGAGGGCGACACCGUACAUUGCUGAGAACGUCAUCUUCUUUUGGAAAAUGAUUGAAUUGAACAAGCGAUUCCGAGCCUAUGUCCUGGAUUCAGAUCAGGGAAUAGAUCUUAUCGCCUACCUGCUUUGCUAUAACUUGGAGAUUAAGGACAAGCCACAGCAGCAUGGGAUUUGUCGGGCCCUUUCAUAUAUUGUUCAAACGUUGUCAGCGGAACCUGCUUUCGGGCAACGAUUGACGAAUCCAAUCAAAGCCUCAUUACCAUCGAAGUUCCCUGCUUCUGGCACAGCUGCUGAUUUUUUGAUCAACGCGAUCUACUCUAUAGUUGCUACAACAUCUGGUCAGCUGAACUCGUUGUACCCAGCAUUGAUCAUUGCCCUGUCGAACUGCGCGCCAUAUUUCAAGAACUUGAGCAUCACGUCGUCGGCUCGAUUGGUUCAAUUAUUCACAUCGUUCUCAUCUCCCCUGUUCCUGCUUUCCGACGAGGGACAUCCGCGGCUUCUCUUUUUCAUGCUGGAAAUGUUCAACUCCGUCAUUCUGCAUCGCCUUUCUGAGAAUCCAAAUCUCAUACAUGGGAUUCUGGCAGCGCAUAAAACCUUUGAGGAUCUAGGGACCUUCACCCUCGCGCGUGGCCUUCGUGAGAUCAGACGUGUCCAGGUUGCAAAAGAGGAUCAAGCUCGAAAAUCAAGUUUGGAUGACAAAAGAAAGAGCAGGAGAGUUUCCAAAGAGGAACAUGCACCUGAAGAGAAGAAAAACCUCGUGAACAACGAAGAUGAGAAUGAAACUGACGAAAAUUCUGCGGCCAGUCAGAUACCACAUUCCGAUCAUGAUGGUGGACCAACAACUACAACGGAACCCGUAGUCUCUCCCACCCCAGAUUCAAUACCCAGUGCCAAGCCUUCUGAGAAAUCCAAAGGGAAGAUGAAACAACGACGUUCAUCAUCUUCGUUGGAUGCAGGUAGCUUAGAACGGAUGGCAGCUGCAGGAAUUGGCAGAAAUGGCUUUGUUCCGACACCAGAAUGGGUCGCUUCGUGGCAGCAAGGGCUGCCGCUGGAUAUCGUAAUGUUAAUGAUCUCUGAACUACUACCCAAAGUGCAAGAGAUGCAGUCUUCGCAAAAGGCUAGUUCUGCGUCGACGAUUCUCGAUUUUCUAGGUUCAGUUACAUUGGUUGAUGUGCUUCCACCUGCUCCUCCACUAUCACCAAGACGAUUCGUGUGGUCCGAUGCAUCGAUUGUGUGGCUUACCUCACUAAUUUGGGGUGAAAUCUUUGUCCGCGGGAUGACUCCUCUGGGGGUGUGGAACUCGACUAACAUUCGGCUGUUCUAUGUCAAGCAUUCCCAUAAUCAACAACGUCAGAUAACUGAGACCGUUUCGAAUGUUGUCGGCGGACUGUUGGGCAGAACGAAUUCAGAUACCUCGGUUUCUAGAACGCGCGCCUGAGGUGAAUGUUGUACUGUAUCAGACCAUCAUGGAAUGCAUAAUACAUAGCCUGACAGGAUAACGUUUGCACCCCAGCAAGGAAAUUUACAUACAGACGAAGAUACAUAUGAUUGAGUCACUAUACAAGCAGAUACUCAUGAAGGAAUCCGAAUAGUAAUACAAAGAACAUUCACCAAUUCAUGAUAUCUUCAUAUUUAGUUUCGUCGCCAAAGUCUCCAUGUAUACAUCUGCAGUAACAUAUGAGCAAUAUCAGAGUGCAAUUUUGAUAGGGCUGGUAAUAGACUCACUCGUCGCGCACUUCAAACUCCAG